CCUCUCUUACUCUUCUCCCUUCCUUUUUUCUUCCCAUUUCUACUGUCGCCGUAAAGGAUAUUUCAUAGGCGGUAGCGGCGGCGAUGGCGGAUCUUCUACCACCUCUUACGGCGGCACAAGUCGAUGCUAAGACUAAAGUCGAUGAGAAAGUUGAUUACUCGAACCUCCCUUGUCCUGUUCCCUAUGAGGAACUCCACCGUGAAGCUUUCAUGUCUUUAAAGGCAGACAAUUUUGAGGGCUUACGCUUCGACUUUACCAAGGCAUUGAAUCAAAAGUUUUCUCUCAGUCACAGUGUAAUGAUGGGGCCAACCGAAGUUCCUUCUCAGUCCUCUGAAACGAUCAAAAUCCCAACAGCCAAUUAUGAGUUUGGUGCCAAUUAUUUUGACCCAAAGUUGAUGCUCAUUGGAAGGGUAAUGACUGAUGGUAGAAUGACUGCGAGAGUGAAAGCGGAUUUAACUGAUAAGUUAGUUGUGAAGGCUAAUGCUCAGAUAACAAAUGAGCCACAUCUUUCACAUGCAAUGUUCAACUUUGAUUACAUGGGAUCAGACUACAGAGCUCAGCUUCAGCUUGGAAACAGUGCUCUAAUUGGAGCAACUUAUAUCCAGAGUGUUACAAACCGUCUAUCCUUGGGUGGUGAAGUUUUCUGGGCUGGUGUGCCUCGAAAGUCGGGAAUAGGAUAUGCUGCUAGAUACGAGACAGAUAAAAUGGUUGCUUCUGCACAAGUUGCUAGCACGGGUGCUGUUGUUAUGAACUAUGUUCAGAAGAUUUCAGAUAAGGUUUCACUUGCCACUGAUUUCAUGUACAACUACUUUUCAAGAGAUGUUACAGCUAGUGUUGGGUAUGACUACAUUCUUAGACAGGCUCGUGUGCGGGGGAAAAUCGAUUCCAACGGAGUUGCAUCCGCUCUCCUUGAAGAAAGAUUGAGCAUGGGACUCAAUUUUCUUCUGUCUGCAGAGCUGGACCAUAAGAAGAAGGACUAUAGGUUUGGUUUUGGAUUAACAGUUGGUUAAAGGACGGGACAAAAACCGCAGACAAAUAAGCCUGGCGCACAGAGCAGAGAUUGCAGCAGUAGUUGGUUUCAGCUGCAGGAUUUCUCUUAAAUUUAUUCUAUAUUUCAGUUUAGGCUUUUUUUGGCGAAGUUGAACAAAACAAAGGGGUAACGUUGUGUUGUUUAUUCUGAGGUUUAGGAUUUGUUUCCAAGAGCAUUUUUAUAAAGAAAGAAGAAGCAAAUGAGGUUUUUGUUUUCACUUCCUUUGCUUUAAAGAUCUCGUGAAACUUCCGAGAGCGAUGUAUCAGUUCCCUUUCAAUUAAGAAACGAAAACGAAGUCGUUUCGCUCCUCGUUCA